AUGUCUUCUUCAAACUUCUUACUUUUCUCUCUAACUCUACUAAUCAUUACAGUACUCUUGCCCAUACCAAAUUUUGCUUCUGCUUCUUUGGAGGAAGCCAAUAAUCUUCUUAAAUGGAAAGUUAGCCUUGAAAUCACAAACAAAUCCUCGCUCUCUUCAUGGAUGCCUCUCCCUAUGAAUUCUAGUGCAUCAGUCCCAUGCACUUCUUGGUUUGGAGUAGUUUGCAAUGCUGAUGGGAGCAUUCAGAAGUUGAAUCUCACAUCUUCUGGGUUAAGAGGCACGCUUCAAGAAAUAUCAUUCUUUUUGCUACAAAAUCUUACACGUUUUGAUCUCAGGGUAAACAACUUCUUUGGCCCUAUCCCACCACAAAUCCGACUCCUCUCCAAACUUAUCUAUCUUGAUUUUUCACAGAAUCAGUUUUCUGGUGAAAUCCCACCUGAAAUAGGAAGCAUGAUCUCACUUGAGUUCCUAUACUUAUACUCAAACAAUCUAUCUAGCUCAAUUCCUUCAUCAUUGGGUGCUUUGACAUCUUUAAAUGUCCUUUCUUUGUACCAAAAUCAGCUCUCUGGUUCCAUUCCUUCAUCAGUAGGAAAUAUGAGCAACCUAUAUCGUCUGAACCUAGCUCAUAAUAAGUUAUCUGGUCCCAUUCCUAUUGAUCUUGGGAAAUUGAAGUCUCUCACUAGGCUUCUGGUAAGCAACAAUACACUUAGUGGUUCUAUUCCUUCAUCAAUUGCAAACCUAAGCAACCUCCAUUUUCUGUUCCUCGAUAUGAAUAAAUUAUCUGGUCCGAUUCCUAUUGAACUUGGGAAUUUGAAGGCUCUCACUAAUUUUCAAGUGAGUGAAAAUCUACUUAGUGGUUCUAUUCCUUCCUCGCUAGAAAACCUUAGUGACCUACAGUGUAUGUUCCUACAAAAGAAUAAUUUUUCUGGUCUCAUUCCUUUUGAACUUGGGAAUUUGAAGUCUCUCACUGAACUUGCACUAAGCAACAAUCAACUUAGUGGUUCUAUUCCUUUGUCACUAGCAAACAUGAGCAAUCUACGAUCUUUGUACCUUGAUUGGAACAAUUUGUCGGGUCCCAUUCCAAUGGAACUAGGGAAUUUCAAGUCUCUCAAUAUCCUUGUUCAACCACCAGCUCGACACGCCCCAUCGUGA